AUCUCAUCGCUGGCUUUUGAUCGUCUCCCUUCAGCCCUUCCCACGGAUCCUGAUCCAUCCCUUAAUCCAGAGCCGCAAUGUCUAUGACUGAUGUUCUCGCUGCUGCUGACAUCAAAAAUGCUGUGGGGGCCUUUGCAGCCGCUGACUCAUUUAACCACAAGAAAUUCUUCGAGUUGGUCGGCCUGAAGAAAAAGAGCGUCGAUGACGUCAAAAAAGUCUUCCACAUUCUCGACCAGGAUCGAAGUGGAUUCAUAGAAGAGGAUGAACUCAAGCUUGUAUUAAAAGGAUUCACCCCAGAUGGCCGCGCUCUCUCUGAUAAGGAAACCAAGACACUCCUCGCCGCAGGUGACAAAGAUGGAGACGGCAAAAUCGGAGUAGAUGAAUUCACAACACUGGUGGCUGAGUCAUAAACUGCUCAAACUUCAUACCUCAUCUGUGCACAUUGCCCCCCACACCCCCUUAGUCAACACUUUAUUUAUUGGUCCCAUUUUAUACUCCACCUUUGGUCCCUGUCUACUGGAUCUCCGUGCCGGAACAACAUAACAGCAUAACAGCAUAACAGUGCAAUAAAGGGCAAAGCCACCUCAAAAU